CAAAAACCUACAAAACUACAAACAAAGUACGAUUAAAGAAAAAGUACUAUUCUUCUCACCCUUUUUCUUUUCUCCAUGUAAUAAACAGAACAUAUGCAUUGCAGAAGCUUCUGACACCCGUGAAGCCACUCACCCAAAAGAUCUCUGACACCAUUCAUUGUAGAAAAAAAAGUGAGUUAAUGUUCAAAAAAGAACCCAUUAAUCCAAGCUCUUUCAUCCUUCACCGUCUUCAACCACAAAACUCAAACUCAAAAAAUGCUCUCUCUCACACUCACUUCCCUUCACCUUCACAUUCACCACUUUCUAAUUCUCUCACUGUUCCUAACCCCAUUCGUUACCGAUUCAGCCACGCAUUGGAGCGACACCCAGUUUCUCAAAGAACUAAAGAACAACCUUCACCCUGUUUCCGUUACCCCAGGCUCCUGCAUCUUCUCCUGGGACUUCUCCUAUGAUCCCUGCGACAACCUUUUCACCGACAAGUUCACGUGCGGCUUCAGGUGCGACGCCGUCGUUUCCGGAACCACUCGACUCACCGAACUCACACUCGACCCCGCUGGUUACUCCGGCACGCUCUCCGCCGCCACCUGGAACCUCCCCUACCUCCAAACUCUUGACGUCUCAAACAACUUCUUCUCAGGCCAAAUCCCCGACUCCUUCUCCAACCUCACUCGGUUAACUCGACUCGGUUUAUCGAAAAACUUCCUCACCGGAACUAUACCCUCUUCCUUAUCCUCCCUCUCUAACCUUCAAGAGCUUUACCUCGACAACAACAACCUCCAAGGACCGAUCCCCGUCUCUUUUAACCGCCUCACCAACCUUAAACGCCUCGAAAUGCAGUCCAACAAGCUAAACGGCGUCGUUCCCGGUUUGAGCUCUCUGAACAAUCUUUACUUCUUGGACCUAAGUUUCAAUCUUUUCACCGGAGGGUUCCCCUCCGGGCUGCCGGAAUCUCUGGUUCAGAUUUCAAUGCGGAACAACAGCUUAAGCGGCGCGUUGGAACCCGAAUCUCUGAGGAACUUGAACUACUUGGAAGUGGUGGAUUUGAGUGGCAACAGGUUAACCGGCGCCGUUCCGUUUGCGCUGUUCGAGCUUCCCUCGUUGCAGCAGGUGACGCUCUCUUUCAACGAGUUCUCGCACAUGGAAGCGCCUUACGCUUUGGAAAUGCGAAGCGGGGUUAUAGCGGUUGAUCUGAGCGACAACGAGCUUGGGGGGUUUCUGCCGUUGUUCCCGGCGUUGAUGCCGAGGCUUUCGUCUCUGUCGUUGGAGAACAACAGGUUCGUGGGAAUGAUUCCGACCCAGUACGCGUUGAAGACCGUUUUCCCCGAGGCUGGGAUAGCUCCGUUUGAGAGGCUUCUAUUGGGGGGAAACUACUUGUUUGGAGCUAUUCCGAGUCCUCUAAUGGCGCUUCAACCGGGUUCUGCCAUGGUGAGGCUUGUGGAUAAUUGCUUGUAUAGGUGUCCUAUCAGUUUCUUCUUUUGUCAGGGAGGCCAACAAAAAUCAUUUGAAGAAUGUAAGAGAUUUAGCCGCUUCAUUCCCUAGAUUAUGCCUUUCAUCUACAUUUUCAUGUCUCAACUUUGCUGCCAUGCUCUUUCUUCUUUCUUCAUUUCUUACACUCUGCAACUUUUCCACCUUCUUCCUCCUAUUUCUUCUUUUAUGAAGUUUUCUCUAUUUUAU